AAAAAAGGAAAAGCCGCAACGGCUUCUGAACUCGUAACCCGAAACCAGUUCGUAUUGUCCAACUUCAGUUGCUAUAUAAGAAUUAGUGUGAUACAUAAUUUCUUCAGACUUUUUUCCCAACUUAUGGCCAACUCCAGAGAAGGGUCUGUAAAAUUAGAGAUGAAAAAGAUUGAUUUAAACAUGAUGGACGAUCAGCUACAGAUGUACUACAACAGAGUAAAAAUCAGUACGAAGGAUGUUAGAGAAGAAUGGGAGAUCGACGUUCAAAAGCUUCUCGUCAAAGAAGAAAUCGUCGGUAGAGGUGCCUUUGGGACUGUCCUUCGAGGGAUUUACGAUGGACGAGAAGUUGCAGUUAAAGUACUUGAAUGGGGUGAUGGGAAAGGAAGAACGACGAAAACGUCAUCGGGUAUAAAAGCUCUGAAACAGGAGAUUUCUUUGUGGCAGAAACUCGAUCAUCCUAAUAUCAAUAAGUUUAUAGGUGCAAUAAUGGGAACUACAUCAAACCAAGCUUAUGAGAAUCAAAUUGGGAAGCCAUUCAACGUAUCUUGUAUAGUUACUGAGUACGAGACUAAAGGUUCUCUGAAAUCAUAUCUUAUAAGCAACAGGAAGAAGAAAUUACCCUUUAAAACCGUCAUAGAAUUGGCACUAGACCUUGCUCAAGGGUUAAAUUACCUACAUUCUAAAAAAAUUGUUCACAGAGAUAUCAAGACAGAAAAUGUACUUCUCGACAAAAAUCUCAAAUUAAAAAUAGCAGAUUUUGGAGUUGCUCGACUUGAAGCUUUGAAUCCUUGUGAGAUGACGGGAACUACUGGAACACUUGGGUACAUGGCUCCUGAGGUUAUAAAAAACGAGCCAUAUAACAGGAAAUGCGAUGUAUACAGUUUUGGAAUUUGCUUGGGGGAGAUAUACUGCUGUGACAUGCCUUACCCAAACCUUAGCUUCACAGAAUUGACUUCAGCAGUUGUUUAUCAGAACAGAAGACCAACAAUACCGAGAAGCUGCCCUGAUUCCUUAUCGAAAAUAAUGAGACAAUGUUGGGAUCCUGAUCCGAGAAAGAGACCAGAAAUGGAAGAGGUGGUGUCAAUGUUAAACAAUAUUAAGUCAUCCAACGGCAGAAAAGUUGUGACUUCUCACCAUCCUCUCCGCUGCUUUGGCUUUCAUUCGCCUAUUGGAACUUGAGAAUAGUUUUGUGUUGGCUUGUAG